UUCAUGGCGCUGUUUGAACCGGAAGUCGAACCUCUUGUACACAAGAGAAGAAAACACUUGAAUGUAUUUAGUCACUUGAACGCUGGUGGAUUGUUUAUUUUGGGAAUAAAACCAUAACAAAAAGCUGAGUUAAAGCGCGCUGCAAUGGCCGGUGAGCGCAGCAGAGAGCCAGCAGGACUGGAUGGACUACCAGAGUUGUACAGCAUUCUACGAGGAGAGGUGGUUUCUGUUACAACAUAUGGUGUUUUUGUUAAGAUUCCAGGAUACAGAAAACAUGGUCUAGUUCAUAAGAACGACAUGUCUGCCUCCCGGGUUGAUAAUCCUACUGAAAUUGUGGAUGUUGGUGAGCAAGUGUGGAUUAAAGUCAUAGGCAGAGAGAUUAAUGAUGAUAAAAUCAAGCUCGCCUUUUCCAUGAAAGCUGUUAAUCAAGGCACAGGGCGGGACCUGGACCCCAACAAUGUUAUGGCUGAGCAGGAUGCACGCAGGCGAAGGCAGUUCCGGGAUCAUACAAGUCAGAAAAUCACUCUAGAGGCUGUGCUCAAUACUACCUGUAAGAAGUGUGGGUGCACAGGUCACUUUGCAAAGGACUGUUUCUCACAGCCAGGGGAGAAACAGUAUAGUUUGGUGCCAGAAGAGGAGGAGAAGGAGGAACCAACCAGCCAGACUGUCCAAUCAGAGCCUCAGAAAAGAAAGAAGGAAAAGAAAGCCAAGAAAGAGAAGAAAAAGAAAGAGAGAAAGCGAGAGAGAUCAUCAUCAGAGAGCAGUGAUAAUGCCAAAAGAGCAAGACACACCUAUACACAAUCGGAAAAGAAGAAAAAGCACAAGAAACAUAAGCACAAGACACGCAAAUGAUCAUCCAGUUCACAUGUCCAUAUGAAGUCGUCAUUUGUGUGUGUGUGUAUAUAUACACAUCUGCACUGAUCUUAGACCAGUCAGCUUUCCAGCUUGUGUCUGAAAGCUGCAAGCUAUUUUAUAGAAAAGUAUGACUUGUUGAAGAGGGGAAAACACAUUGAUGGAGAAAUAAAAGUACUGAAGUGUAAACUCGACAAACAGAA